GCGGAGUCAGAUUCUAAAACGGCUACUCGGUAGCAGCGAGAGGGUUUUUGUAGUCUGUGAGCGUUAUUUUCGAAAUAAAUUCUUACUCCUGCAACGGCCAUGGAGUCUAGCGAUGCAGGGCGAGGGGGAUGGAAGUCCAAGCCUGUCCAGCCACAGAAAAACAAGAUGAACAUGAAUAUUCUCCGUCAAGAGAAGCUUAUAGCCCAGAAGAAGAAGGAGAUUGAGGCCAGAAUGGCAGAGCAAGCUAAAAUGAAUGUGCAAACCACUAGCAAGCCCCUGCCUCCAAGUAGUUCUCCCAGCCUUCAAGGAGCUUCCUCAAACAAGUUUGCAAAUGAUGGAAGUUUCUUACAACAAUUCAUGAAGAUGCAGAAGGAGAAAUCCAACAAUGUGCCAGGUUCCACAAGUGAUACCCAAGGUCCUUCACCCUCAACCUCGUUGUCAGGAGGAAAUACACUUCUCAAAAAGAGCAUUCUUGUUGGCAAGCGGCCUGGCCUUGGAGUCAGUAGCAUGCUUAGUCAGUUCAAGAGCUACUCACAAUCCAAGAAGAAUUCUGUUCUCAGCCAGAGGCCGAGUGUGUUUUGUUCUCCAGAUGGUGAAGAUGAGGAAGAAGAUGCUGAUUACUCAAGAUUCUUAGAGAUUAAAGUCUCUCCCCCAGAGGAUUCAGACACCAGACUCAUUAUCGACAAGAUGGCCUCUUUUGUGGCAGAGGGGGGACCUGAACUGGAGAGAAAGGCCAAGGAGGACUACAAGGACAAUCCUGUUUUCUCAUUUUUAUAUGAUAAGAGCAGUAUGGAGUAUCUCUACUACAAAAAAAGAGUCGCAGAAUUGAGAAAGGAUUUGCUAAGACCUGAGAAUACAUCAGAUAAUGUCUCCCCCCCAGUGGACGCGGAAACCCAGCAGGUGGCUGAGAAGCUGGCCAGGUUUGUGGCGGAGGGUGGCCCCGAGGUGGAAGCCAUCGCUGCUGAGCGCAACCGAGAUAACCCUGCCUUCAGUUUUUUAUAUGAUCACCAAAGUCCAGCCUACCGCUUCUACAAAGAGAAAGUAAAGGAGUACCGUGCUGCAACCAUUCAGAGCUCUUCAACUCCUGCAGCAGAGUCAAGGACAGACAUUCAGCGACCAGCUGCUCCACCAUUACCAGGAAUCCCCCCGCCGCUGAACCUAGCAUCUCUACCCCAUAUUCAGGAGUCAGACACCCCACCUGUCAAAAGGAAGAGGAAGAGUAGAUGGGGGUCUGAAGAUGACAAAGUCGAGUUGCCCAAUCCUCCCAUUGUUGUUCCUCAGGAGAUUAAUGUUGCAGACCCUAACACACCCUCUCUCUCUGCCCAGGAGCUGAGAGGUCUUGGUUAUAAGAAGGGAAAGCCUCUUGGUCUGGUUGGAGUGACAGAACUAUCUGAAGACCAGAAGAGACAACUCAAAGAGCAACAGGAGAUGCAAGAGAUGUAUGACAUGAUCAUGAAGCACAAGCGUGCAAUGGCAGAGAUGCAGGUGAUGUGGGAGAAAGCCAUGAGGGACCACCAACAUGAAUACGACAGUGAUGAAGAAGUGGACAUGCAGGCGGGCACCUGGGAGCAUCGUCUCCGAAAGAUGGAAAUGGAGAAGACGCGUGAGUGGGCAGAAUCGCUGACAGAAAUGGGUAAAGGGAAACACUUUAUUGGGGACUUCCUGCCUCCUGAGGAGCUGGAGAAGUUCAUGGAGACUUUCAAGGCACUCAAGGAGGGCCGGGACCCAGACUACUCAGAAUACAAAGAGUUUAAGUUGACGGUGGAGAAUCUUGGUUUCCGAAUGCUCAUGAAGAUGGGAUGGAAGGAAGGUGAAGGCCUCGGCAGUGAAGGACAGGGAAUCAAGGCUCCCGUAAACAAGGGAACAACAGCCAUGAACGGAGCAGGGUUAGGAAUCGACCGUCCAGCUGAGCUCACAAAAAGUGACGACGAAUACGAUGCUUUUAGAAAGAGGAUGAUGCUUGCUUACCGCUUCAGGCCAAACCCACUGAAUAAUCCACGGAGACCAUAUUACUGAUGUAGAGGACUGUUUUUUGUUUUUUUUUUAUAUAUAUAUACUUGGCCUUGUUUAUCAUGAUUUAAAGGCUGGUUUCUCCAGUUGCCACAGCUCUGCUAAGUUGUGAAAUGGACACCGUUGCACAGUAGAAAUUUUGAAAUUUGAAGUGUGUGUGUGAAGGAGGGUAAUGAAGUUUGAGAAUAGUAGAAACAUUGGUAAAUCAAUUACAUUUGAGGUUUAAUUUGGUUAAAAAAAAUCAAAACAGUUUUCUGUAAUAUUUGAUCGCCUGCUUUGUCACAUUUCACUCUAAUACUGUAACAACUUUAAAUAUGUAAAGAAUUACAUCACCUGAGUUUCCAUGAUAAUAUCAUUCUGUUGUGUAACCCUUUUGUUCCCUUUCAAACCUUGACUUGACUUUGUGUUCCAACUAAAUAACACAGUUCUGUAUUAGCACAUGAACUUCUGUAUAAUUGCAUUGAGUAAUUUUCUUUACUGUGCUAUAACUUAAUUUCUGCUUCCUACGAUUGGUGUUACAAUUAAAAAAUGGCCACUUACCACAUAUCUGUUUUAUAUGUGUCAUAGUCAUAGAUAUGUUUUAACAGAUGUGGCAAACUGUAACAACUGUACUUAUCUGUUUAUUAGGAAAUAAGUAUGAGCUGAGAUAAACUCUCUUUCAGUUUAUGGUACACUUGUGUGCUAAGUGCAGGUAUUCAUCCAAUCAUGUUAAUAACUGCCAUCAGUAUUCAUUCCUGUAUGGAUGUGGAUGGCAGUGAGUUAUUGAGUAGAGCUUACCAGACUCAAGCAGCCAGCAGUUAGGAAGUUGACAGAUCAGUGAAAUCGGACCUUCGGUUUGCCAUUCCCCAGGGUGGUUUACAUGGGAUAAAUAUAACUCAGAAAUCCCAGCUAAGCAAGAGCCACUGUGGUAUUGGCCACAGCAUCAGUCCGAGGCAACUUAAGCCACAUUACAAGGUAAACCAAUGGGUUGGUUGGUUAGUGACAUGAUUAAGUUUUUCGUUGGAUGUAGUUGUGCAGCUAAUUAUUAUUUUUGUGUUAAUUGUUUGGUCAAUAAAAUGUCAGUAGCUUGUGAAAAACGUUGCAAGUUCCUAGAGCCGAAAGUGACACCGUGGCUUGUGUCAAAAUAUAAUCAAAAUAUAAAAAGAAUUAAUAAACCAUCUAAUAAGAAAGAAAAACAUAAAAUCCUCAUAUUGACAAGUAAGAACAAGGGAAUACUUACCAUUUUUGUUUGAAAAAUAAUGAUUAAUUGCUUUUGAAAAUAGUUGCCUUUUAUUUUUUUGUAAAUCGACUAAAUGAUUAAUUGUUUCAGCCCCAGUUGGGUGCAGAUGAAAGUUGAGGGGGAGUCAUAAAGGAAAUGAAAGUAUGUGACCAGCUAAAAUAAAUAUAUUUUCUCUCUGUUUUGAUGAUUAUGAACAGUAUAUACACUUUUUUUUAAUUAAACAUCUCCUGGAAGAACUGGUGUGUCUACUCCUGGGAAUCCAUCCAAUUGUAAAUGAGAGUUACCAAUUGUAUCAGAUUGCUGAAUUAA